ACAUUGCCAUGAUCAUUGUCAAAACUGCAAUGUCUUAAACAACGUUUGCAAGAAAAUAAAUAAUCGAUAUUUUUGAUUUUUUAAAUUCCAAAUUAUGUUUUAAUUACAUAACUAUUCGGCCAAAAAUAUUUUUUUUUGAAAUUUACAAUGGCUCUGGAUUUAGUCAGUAUCGCCCAACCGCAUUAUAUUCCUGGGUACACGGGUCAUUGUCCCGAGUACAAGUAUCGGAUCGGCGAUACGUAUGGCUCGACAACACACAAGAUCCUUCUCGAUCCGAGCGUGCAGCAUUCAGAGAGGCUGGUGCUAUCCGAUAGAACGGCCGAUGACUUCCAGAUCUACCGUCCAGCACAGAACGAGAUAGACAUCGUGAACGCACGUUUCCGUAAUGGCGAUCCCGUUUACAAGCAUCCCAUGAUACCAGGAUACGAAGAGGUUGCAACUGAACCAGAGGGCAGCUAGGAACCAACUGGAGAGGGUCGUCAGUCUUCAGGCCGGAAAAGGACAGCCCUGGGAUUUGGUUGACAGAUUCUCUGCUACGGCGGAGUUUAAGUUGCCCUUGGUCGUAGUACGACCGGAAUGUGCGGGUAUACUUCGUGAUCUACCAAUGGACGAGCCGAAACUGUCUCCAGCAUCGCAUUCCGUCAGUCCUUACUUUAUGGAAAAUGAUGAUC